AUGAUGUCAUCAGCAAUUUACAACAUCUGUACGAUCUUGACGAUCUCAUUAAUGGUCACCAAUUCAGAAGUAUUGAUGAACAGAGAAGGUUGUGGGACUACGAAGGCAUGCUUGUUCAAACCGUCUGGUUGCGAUCCAAAUCUCGACUGUACAAUCGGUUUGAUCUUCUUCGUGGUGGGACCAAACAAACUACGAGUGGAAAUGGUUGCUACCUCACUGAUACCGGCUGUUCAACAGCAAUACAUAGCGAUUGCGUUCUCGCAUGAUCCACAAAUGGGAGAGGACUUUGUCACUGAAUGUGUUAUGAGUGACAUGGGUCAGUUCGCUGGCUGGGAACCGGAGAUUUUCGUCUCAUUCAAUCAUGGAAAAUCCAAUGACCGCGUUUAUUUGAAUGAUGAUGAACAUCGUACAUUGAUCUCAAAUGUCUCCUCUCAAGUGGUUGACGGUCGCCUCGUGUGUCAGUUCACACAGCAGAUCAUACCGCAAAUCGAUAGAAAAAACGGGCUCGUAUGGAGUCUCGAUAAGAGUUUUUACAUCAUGGGUGCCACUGGAUCUGCUCAGCCAGAUGAAGUCAACGCCCAUGAUAUGAACCGUGGAUCACACUUUUAUCCGAUUGUGUCCUCUGCAAAGAUCAAUCCGUCUCAGCUUAGUGUGAUUAAGUACGAUAUGCCAUUGAACACGAACGUUAUAACAAAAGUGAGCGCUCCGGCUGCUACGAAAUCUGGACCCACCGUCGCAACUACUUCGUCUCCAACGGGAGCAUCAGAAAUGGAGAACUCAUCUUCCUCUCUAGUUUUUGCCAUAAUACCUCUCUUAGUUUGUCUUCGACUCCUGUAUUGA